AAAAUCAGUUAUUAUAAAAAAAAAAAAGAUACUACUAAUUUAAAACAUUCUAUAUUCAUUAGAAAAUAGAAACUUAAAACAGGACAAUGGAAUCUAAUUCUUCCUCUAAAUCUUCAUACAUAUCUCAAAACACUAAGAAAUCAAAGGGAUCAUUGAAAAAUGAAAACCCUUUUCAAUCUGAUUAUUCUUGGCUUCAUUCAGUAAGAAAAACACCAACAAAGACAUGGAAGAAAGCACCAGUGGCACCAAUGCCACCAACACCUGCCAAAGUGUACAAAGUGGAUCCUAUAAACUUCAGAGAACUUGUUCAGCAACUUACUUGUGCACCUGAGUUCAUGCCUCCUCAACAGACUCAUGACAAGCUUAUAAUUCAAAGCACUGACAUUAAUGUUCAUUCACUUCCAAUGAAAAAUUUACCAAGCAGAGAUAUUGUACAAGUGUCAAAAUCACAACCAUUGACAGUGAGUACUACUAAUAGUAAUACUAAAAGCUGGUAUGAGAAUUUUCAAGCUGAAUAUUUUGGAAAGAAUUCUGAUCAGGAUGAUGAGGUAAUUAUGACACCUGGUUUGUUGGAAAUGAAUUUGUUUUCACCAACUUCUUUUGGUAACUGGUGCUUUGUUCCUCCUAUCAUUAGCCCAAGAAUUUGAUUGGCUUUUAAUGGAAAGGUUCUUUAGCUAAGCCUUUUAGAAUGGAUUAGUAUUUAUUGUUCUAUUAUUACUUACUCUAUUUAGUGUAGAUAUAUAAUGUUCACAUUGGUUUAUUUUUGUAUACAAAUUGUUGUUGAAGUAACAAAAUAUUUGUCUAAUAAGCUCAAUAGCAACAAUUGUAUUCGUGGAUUCUUUGACAUACAUGGGUUAUACUUUUGGCUCUUGCUAUGUAGUGUAAUAGUAUAUAUAAUUGUUUGGUUUAAAUAUAA